GUCAGCGUUUACACACCAGAUGCAAACAUCAGCAAGUGUUUGUUUUGGCCUUUAUUGGGACUUUUUAGAGUCUGCCGUCCGCGCUCGUUGACAUCACACUGAUGGUCGUCUUCACUCGUGCGCGCUCCACCCCGCGAGCUGGAGCGAAGGAGCGCUGGACCAGAGAGACGCGCGAGGAGUGGAGAGCAGGCUGAUGUUCGCGGCUGUGGCGAGUGUGACUUAGAGAAAUGAGACUGAGGACACAGUUAAAGUUAACGAGUGAAGGUUUCGGACUGUAGUCUGGUAUCUGUCUUUUGGAGCAGAGCUGACCGUGACGCGCGCGCUGGUUUAGUGAUCUUUAACUGCAUGGAAGCAUGUUUUAGAUACUUGACUUCUCUGGGCCACCAUCUCUGCAGAGUGAUGACAGGUUAGCAGCUCUACUUGCUUGUUUUCUUGGACUUAGUGCAUGUGUAAUCACUCCUCCGGCCCCGGCUGAUUACUUAUCACAUUUAACUCUUUUACAAUGAUCGCUGAAGGUCACGUCUUAGCGCUGCGCUUUAGUCCCACUACUGAACAUUUUUACUUUGACUUGAUUCACAGAUAACUCUUUAAAGUAUUCAAACCACACUGGAGAAGCCGGGAUGAAGGUCACUGACAGCGUGUUUUAACGUUAGGCUACUUCUGUCCACUUUAACGCCAGGAUAAGCCGGACUAUGACUUUGGCCAAACUUUGCUGUGCGCUCUCCCGGGACGUCCAGUGAGAAAAGUCUUCAGUCUUAUGUAGUUUAGGAUGUUAGGAAGUCCGUCAAACAACGGCGGCAUCAGAAUGUUGGUGCCCCCGACUCCGAACGACGACAGGCGGGUAGAGUUCGUGGCUCUCACCGCCGUCCACACAGAGAGGAGCGAGCCGUCCACCCCGGAGCGCGGACACCCUUCUCACCGCACAGGUCUGCUGGGCACCCCGCUGCCAGGGCCGCCGGGACCCCGGGCCAACGCGUCCGCUUCGAGCAAACGCUACAGAAAGUUACAGAACUGUCUCUACAACGUGCUGGAGAGACCGAGAGGAUGCGCCUUCAUCUACCAUGCUUUUAUUUUCUUGCUGGUGUUCAGCUGUUUGGUGCUGUCCGUGUUCUCCACCAUCCCUGACCACCAGAAGUUCGCCAACCAAGGCCUCUUCAUCCUGGAGUUUGUGAUGAUCGUGGUGUUUGGCUUGGAGUACUUCAUCAGGAUCUGGGCGGCUGGCUGCUGUUGCAGAUACCGAGGAUGGCAGGGACGGCUGAGAUUUGCCAGGAAGCCCUUCUGUGUCAUAGACUUCAUAGUGUUUGUUGCCUCGCUGGCAGUGAUAGCAGCGGGCACGCAGGGGAACAUCUUCGCCACGUCAGCCCUGCGCAGCAUGCGGUUUCUGCAGAUCUUGCGGAUGGUUCGUAUGGACCGACGGGGAGGCACCUGGAAACUACUGGGAUCAGUGGUUUAUGCCCACAGUAAGGAGCUGAUUACAGCCUGGUACAUCGGUUUCCUGGUCCUGAUCUUUGCCUCCUUCCUCGUCUACCUGGCAGAGAAAGACAUCAACUCAGACUUCAACACCUAUGCAGACUCCCUCUGGUGGGGGACUAUUACACUAACCACUAUCGGCUAUGGUGAUAAGACCCCUCGUACCUGGCAGGGACGGCUCCUGGCUGCCGGCUUUGCUCUCCUGGGAGUGUCCUUCUUUGCCCUGCCUGCUGGAAUUCUGGGGUCAGGAUUUGCUCUGAAGGUUCAGGAGCAGCACAGGCAGAAGCACUUUGAGAAGAGGAGGAUGCCUGCUGCAAACCUGAUCCAGGCUGCAUGGCGUCUCUACUCUACAGAUGCCAAACACUCUUAUCUGACAGCUACGUGGUACUUCUACGACAGCAUGCUGCCGUCGUUCAGAGAACUGACGCUCCUGUUCAGUCACCUCCAGCGACAGCGUAACAACAAGAAGGUUCUCCACAACUCCUACCACACGCUGCUGUCUGGGCUGCGGCCCUACAGCUCCCCCUACCUUUCGGGGGACAGCAGUAAAAUGGGAUUCAGGGACCGGAUCAGGAUGAACAACUCCCGGUCAUCCCAAACCAUCAGAAACAAGGCGUCUCCCCUGCCCCCGGGUUCAGGUGUUCGCCGAUCCCCCAGCCAGGAGAACGUUCCUGAGGCCACAAGCCCAGGGAAGGUCCAGAAGAGCUGGAGCUUUAACGACCGCACACGCUUCCGCACUUCACUUCGGCUAAAACCGCGCCCACCUGCUGAUGUUGAGGGAGUCGGAGAGGACAGUGUGGAGGACAAACCUUACUGUGACGUGGCAAUGGAGGAGGUGAUCCCCGCAGUCAAGACUCUCAUACGUGCUGUCAGAAUCCUGAAGUUCCUUGUGGCCAAGAGGAAGUUUAAGGAGACGCUGCGUCCGUACGAUGUGAAGGACGUCAUAGAGCAGUACUCUGCAGGACACCUGGACAUGCUGGGACGAAUCAAAAGCCUGCAGAUGAGGGUGGACCAGAUAAUUGGACGAGGAGCGGUCCAGCCCGACAAGAAGGCUCGACCUGAGAAGGGAGAAAAGACGCCGCCAGAACUGGACCCACUGGAUGAGCUAAGCAUGAUGGGACGUGUAGUCAAAGUGGAGAAACAAGUCCAGUCUAUAGAGAACAAGCUGGACCUCCUUCUUAACUUCUACUCACAGUGCCUCAAGAAAGGCUCCUCCAACUUCACCCUGUCCUCCCUCCUGGACCCUGACCUAACGUCUGACUACCACAGCCCUACGGACCAAAGAGACCUCUUCCCCUCCGCGAACACGCUCAACAUCUCCCAGUCUGAGAGCGGGAACUUGGAAUGACAGUGAGCCGAGCAGUCUUCUGGGCUGUUCAAACACAGACUCAAACCCUUUAUGGAACUGACGCCUCAAUCUGAGCAGCCUGAACAUCAGUCAUCUUCAUUUCAUGUCAGUCUGGGAUGUUUUUUUCUUCUUCCCUUCCCCUCCUCUCUAUCCUGAAGUGAAUGUGUUUCCAGACAGAGGCCACCAGAGGGAGCUGGAGCCAAAGCUGCUCAUCGCACACACCUCUCAACCCAACA